GUGAAUGUAGCGUCAAACCGGAGUGCAUCUCUUGGAUCAAAGAUAUCCUAUCUAGAUAUUUGUGUAUUAUGCAAUUCAGAACUGCAUCAGCUGUAAUUGACAAUUUGACAAGCGGAUGAAAGCAAAGCAACAAUAGUUAUCGGAGCCCAAUUGAUCCAUAAAUUUGCUGAAAUGGCUAAACAAUCGUACAGCAUCGUGGAAUAUUAUGCAGAACACGAGGGCUAUAAGUGCGGCUAUUGCGAAGGUUCCGACACGAACUUUAGUCACGGCAUGUGGGCACAUUCGUUGACAGUGCAAGAUUAUCAGAGUUUGAUAGACCGAGGAUGGAGACGAAGCGGCUGUUACUGUUACAAACCUACUAUGAACUUAACCUGCUGUCCACAAUAUACUAUAAAAUGUGAAGCAUUAGACUUUAGAAUAUCAAAAUCUCAAAAAAAGAUUUUAAAGCGUAUGACGAAAUUUUUGAGAAACGAAUUGACAAACGAUAAUGUUGGCGCUACAAGUGAAGAUCAACAAGAUAAUAUAGAUAUAAAUAAUAAGGAAGUAUGUAAUUAUGCAAAAUAUUUGACGAAAGCGGAAAAAAAUGCGUCUCAAAUUAAUGUUUCAUCUGUUGAUGAUGAACUUAGUGGAAGACUGUCUGUCAAAUUAGUAAAAUCCAAAUCUCAAGUAAACUCUACUUCUGCAUCGAGGAGCAGUCAAGAACAGAUAACAAAUUCUGACAGCAAAAGCAGUCUGCAUGUUAGAAAUGAAAUUACUAAUGUAGUGCCUUGCAAGAAAGCAAAGAUCUUACGCUUGGAACGCAAGCAAAAUAAAUUGUUGGCUCAAGGUAAAUCGCAAAGUGAAAUUGAAAGUAUCAUGAAAGAGAGAAAACAACAGAAUUAUAUUAAGCCUUUAGAGGAAUUAUUCGAUGAGGUGUAUACUGGUUUAAAAAAGUUGGAGCUGAGAUUAGUUCGAACUGCGCCGAUGAGUCCUGAAUACCUAAAGACCUCGAAAAAGUCUUACGAAGUUUAUAAAAAGUAUCAGAUGACGAUACAUGGAGACCAAGCUGAAAAGAUCACAGAACAACAAUAUACGAGAUUUCUCGUGAAGUCACCUUUACAGAUGAAAUUGGUGAGAGUGAUGUCAGACGAGUUCCUUAGUACCUUUGAUGCGAGCGCAAAUCUUUAUAAAAGAUAUCAAAUGGUGAUUCACAAUGAUACUCCGGAGGAAUGCAAUCAAAAGUCAUUCUUUAACUUUCUUGUAAAAAGUCCCUUGCAGCAAUGGACACCCAAUAAUGGACCACCUCAAGGAUAUGGCUCUUUUCAUGAGCAAUAUUGGUUAGAUAAUGAAUUAAUAGCAGUCGGAGUGAUAGACAUUUUGCCGUCGUGCGUCUCGAGCGUGUACUUUUUUUACGAUCCGGCAUAUAGUCAACUCUCUUUAGGAACUUUUAGUUCUCUGCGAGAAGUUUAUCUAACGAGACAGUUUAACAAAGUCGCGAGUGACCUGAAAUACUAUUAUAUGGGCUUUUACAUUCAUACAUGUCCGAAAAUGCGAUAUAAGGCCAAAAUGCGACCAUCGAAACUUCUAUGUCCACAAACAUAUGUGUGGUGCGACGUAGAGCCCUGUUUAAUUAAAUUGGACAAUGAAAAAUACAGUCGUUUGAAUGACGAUUCGAACGCGAUUGAUGAGGACGGUAUAAUCGAUAUUCGAGAGGUACUGAUUUUAUACAAGCGUAUUGCGAUGCCAUAUAAGAGAUACAGGGAACAACAAAAAACAUGUCAAACAACACGGGAAGAGAAACGCAAAAUAGAGGAAUAUGCCAGCCUUGUCGGAAUGCCAUGCGCGCGAAGGAUGCUGCUCUAUCGCUAAUCCGGAGAAUAAUUAUAUAUAAAAGUAACUAACAAUAUCGUAUCUCGGAAACUUAUCGUAAAAGAUCCUUUGAAAAAUGUUUUAGAGAUUUAUAAUUGUUGGCUGAUAUCAUGGACAAGAAAAUUGUUAAUUUAGCUAAAACAGAGUUUGCAACAAAAUUUGCUUAGAAUAAUUAUAAAUUUGAGUAAAAAUAAUUACAUUUUAUUAUUACACUAUUUAUGCGUUUUUUUUUUAUUUUGUUAUCGAUACUUACGUAUAUAUAGAGUAGAACAGUCGAUAUGUAUGUCAGUUGACUGAAAGGAUAAUGAGGUAGAAAAACAAUAUUUCUUUAUUCAACCAUAUAUCAAGAUAUAAAUACAUGAAAGAAAUUUAAUAAAACAAUUAAUGUGAAAAUCGAUAAAUAAUGAACAAAGCUACGCAACACUAAGGAAUAAUAUAAUUUUAUCAUACGUUUUCUAAA